CCGUUCAAGUGUAAUGUACGUUACUUAUCUUGUUCGGCUUAAAUUUAAUUUAAUUAUUAAAAAUAUUUAUUUUCUAUUUUAUAUUAAAUAAAUUGUGCUUAAGAAUUGAAAAUAGUUGAAGAAUUCGUCAGUUUAAAAAUUCAAAAAAAAAAUAAUUUAUUUCAAAAAAAAUAAUUUUCGAAAUAAAUUUUUAUUAAUUGUGAAUGAUUUAAAUUUGUUUUAAUGAUGUUGAGAGUGGUUUUAAAUUGUGAAUUAUUAGUGUUGAGUGCUACUCUCGAGAUAUGGCAACGCCUCGAUUUCUCUCUGUUUUAAAAACUUCUCCAUGGAUACUUGAAUAAUUCUGCGUACCAGUUAUUUGUAACUUGAUGACGACAAUGACAUAAAAAAAAAAUUAAAUUAAAAGAAAAAGACAUAUAUAUAUACAAGUAGCUCCGAUCUUUCAAGAUUGUUUCAAAAUGUAUUUUGUUGCUUGUACUCAUUUGCGGUCCAAGCAGUGCUAGUGCCAAUGACAAGAACCGACAACUGGGAACGAAGUGCGGUAAAAACGUGGGAAAACAGGUUCGGCCAGUGUUCGUCUAUAGUCAAAUGCAGUGGUAGGAUUUGUGGAGGGAGGGUACGCCACCACCAGUUUUCGACAUCAAUGUGAUAGGGACUUGACAAUAUUUUCUUUUUUUUUUUUUCAUAAAUUAUAUUCGUUGUUUUUUUUCUGUUUAUUUAUUUUUAUUUUAAAAUAACUGCUUCGGGAAGUUAAAAUUAUCAAGUGCAAUCGCUUUUUUAAAUUUUAAUUAAAAAUUGUAUAAACAGUUUUAAUGAUCCAUCAAGUUGUUAUUGAACAAAUGCAAUGGAUUUUGAAUAGUGAAUUUCUAAAAAAAAAUCUAUAUGAUUGUUAUUAAAUUGAGUUCAAAGUUUAAGUUUUUGUCUAAUUUAUAAGUUCGUGUAUUUCUUCAGUAUUUGAUAUAGUUUUUUUUUUUUAAAGAAUAUGCAGUAAAUGUGCAAUUUUCUUGAAUCUUAGUAAAAUAUGAAGACUAUGUUUUUAUCACCUCAAGAUAAACAAAUUGAAAAUGAAUCUUCACUACAUUUUGUCUGUACUUCCGCUUCUAAUAAUUGGUGCGAGAUGUGUAUGCGACAGUGGAUAUACAGGGCAAAAUUGCGAAAACGAAUACAUACCUUGCGAUCCUUCGCCAUGUUUGAACGGAGGCUCUUGUCAUCUUCUGGAACCCUUUCAGUACGAGUGCAUAUGCCCAGAUGGUUUUCGAGGAGAACAUUGCGAAGAAAAUAUCGACGACUGCAUCGGUAACCUUUGCCAAAAUGGUGCGACAUGCAUGGACAGGGUUAAUGAAUACUCAUGUUUAUGUCCAGCAGCAUUUACUGGUACACAGUGUGAAUUGGACGUUGAUGAAUGUUCCGUCAGGCCAUCAUUAUGUCAUAAUGGCGCAACUUGCACGAAUUCACAUGGCAGUUAUUCUUGUAUUUGUGUCAAUGGUUGGACUGGUCCCGAUUGCAGUGUCAAUAUUGAUGAUUGUGCUGGUGCUGCAUGUUUCAAUGGAGCAACAUGCAUCGAUCGCGUUGGCAGUUUUUACUGUCAAUGUACCUAUGGAAAAACAGGUCUUCUUUGCCAUCUGGAUGAUGCUUGCACGUCAAAUCCAUGUCAUCAAGGAGCUAUUUGUGAUACAAGUCCAAUUAAUGGUUCAUUUACUUGUUCCUGUGCAAGUGGUUACAAAGGUCUGGAUUGCUCUGAGGAUAUUGAUGAAUGUGAACAAGGAUCACCCUGUGAGCAUGAUGGUAUUUGUGUAAAUACUCCUGGUUCUUUUGCAUGUAAUUGUACACAAGGUUUCACUGGACCAAGAUGUGAAACUAACGUCAACGAAUGUGAAUCACAUCCUUGUCAAAAUGAUGGCUCCUGUCUAGAUGAUCCUGGGACAUUUCGUUGUGUCUGCAUGCCGGGUUUCACUGGGACUCAGUGUGAGAUUGACAUUGAUGAAUGUGCAGCAAAUCCCUGUCUAAACAAUGGAGUAUGCACAGACAUGAUAAAUGGAUUUAAAUGUACUUGUUCAAAUGGCUUUAAGGGAACACAUUGUCAAGUUAAUAUUGACGAUUGUGCUUCGUCGCCAUGUCGAAAUGGUGGUACAUGCCAAGAUUCAAUUGCCAAAUAUACAUGCGAUUGUCCACCAGGAUUUACUGGUGCAUCAUGUGAGACAAAUAUAAAUGACUGUCAAUCAAAUCCUUGCCAUAGUGGAACAUGUAUCGAUGGUGAGAAUUCAUUCACCUGCAGUUGUUUCCCUGGUUUCACGGGAAAUCUCUGUCAAACGCAAAUCGACGAAUGUGAAAGUAAUCCAUGCCAAUUUGGUGGCCGGUGCGAAGAUCGAAUAAAUGGAUAUCAAUGUAUUUGUCGGCCUGGUACAUCGGGAAUCAACUGUGAAGUAAAUGUCAACGAAUGUUACAGUAAUCCAUGUAGAAAUGGCGCACGUUGCAUUGAUGGAAUUAACAGAUAUUCUUGUGAAUGUGAACCUGGAUUCACUGGUCAACAUUGUGAGACAGAUAUAAAUGAAUGCGCCAGUAAUCCAUGCGCUAAUGGUGGUCGCUGCAUAGAUUUAAUAAAUGGAUUUAGAUGUGAAUGUCCAAGGGGUUAUUAUGAUGCACGAUGUUUAAGUGACGUUGAUGAAUGCGCAAGUAAUCCCUGUGUCAAUAAUGGAACGUGUGAGGAUGGUGUUAAUCAAUUUAUUUGCCAUUGUUUGCCUGGUUACGGUGGCAAAAGAUGUGAAGCCGAUAUCGAUGAAUGUGGCUCAAAUCCAUGUCAACACGGUGGAAUAUGUAACGAUCAUUUAGAUGGAUACAGCUGUCAAUGUUUAGCUGGAUAUUCUGGCACAAAUUGUGAAACUAACAUUGACGAUUGCGCAAAUAGUCCCUGUCAAAAUGGUGGCUCUUGCAUUGAUCUUGUUAAUGAUUACAAAUGCGUUUGUGAAUUACCGCACACUGGCAGAAAUUGUGAAGAUAAACUUGAUCCUUGUUCACCUAAUAGAUGUCUUCAUGGUGCUAAGUGUUCUCCAUCGUCAAACUUCCUUGAUUUCGCUUGUACUUGUACUGUUGGCUACACUGGACGACUUUGCGACGAAGAUGUUAAUGAGUGUAUCAUGACCUCACCUUGUAGAAAUGGUGCAACAUGUAGAAAUACAAAUGGAUCUUAUCAUUGCGUUUGCGCUAAGGGAUACGAAGGACGAGACUGCAUUAUAAAUACUGAUGAUUGUGCUUCAUUUCCCUGUCAGAAUGGUGGAACAUGCUUAGAUGGAAUUGGAGACUACACGUGCCUUUGUGUCGAUGGUUUCAGUGGUAAACAUUGCGAAGUUGAUGUUGACGAAUGUAUCUCAGCGCCAUGUCAAAAUGGAGCAACAUGCAAAGAAUACGUGAAUUCAUAUGCAUGUCAAUGUCAAUUGGGCUUCUCUGGUAUAAAUUGUCAAACAAACGACGAGGAUUGCACAGACAGUAGUUGUAUGAAUGGAGGGAAAUGUAUCGAUGGAAUUAAUAAUUUCACAUGUGUUUGUCAACCUGGUUAUACGGGAUCAAAUUGUCAAUACAGAAUCAAUGAAUGUGACAGUUCACCAUGUUUAAAUGCAGCUACUUGUCACGAUCAUGUGACACACUACACUUGUCAUUGUCCCUAUGGUUACACUGGACAGCGUUGUGAUGAAUUUGUUGAUUGGUGUGCGGAUAAUCCUUGCGAAAAUCAAGCCACAUGCGUGCAACAUAAAAAUAAAUAUCAUUGCACAUGUUCGCCAGGUUGGACGGGUAAAGUGUGUGACGUUGAAAUGGUUUCCUGUAAGGAUGCAGCAACCAGAAAAGGAGUUGUUGAGAAGAAUUUAUGCAAUAACGGUACUUGCGAGGACAUUGGAAAUAGCCAUCGAUGCCAUUGUAUGGAGGGUUACACGGGAUCCUAUUGUCAGGAGGAGAUCGAUGAAUGUGAAUCGGCACCUUGUCAAAAUGGUGCAAUUUGCAAGGAUUCAAUUGGUUCCUAUCAGUGUAUUUGUACCGAGGGAUUCCAGGGUCAAAAUUGUGAACUUAAUAUCGAUGACUGUAGACCAAAUCCAUGUCAAAAUGGAGGCACUUGUCAUGAUCUUAUUCACGACUUUAGUUGUUCGUGUCCAUCGGGAACAUUGGGAAUUAUUUGCGAUAUCAAUAUUGAUGAUUGUGUCGUUGGCGCUUGUCAUAAUAAUGGAACUUGUACGGACAAAGUUGGUGGUUUUGAUUGUAGAUGUUCGCCUGGUUUUGUGGGACCAAGAUGUGAGGGUGACAUUAAUGAAUGUCUUUCUAAUCCUUGUGCAGCGCCGGGAACACAGGACUGCGUUCAAUUAAUCAACAACUAUCACUGUAAUUGCAAGCCUGGCUAUAUGGGUCGACAUUGUGAAAUAAAAGUCAACUUCUGCGAUAGUUCACCAUGUCAAAAUGGUGGCGUUUGCACUGCCAAACAAGCGGGUCACACAUGCCUCUGUCCACGUGAUUACUAUGGUCACAAUUGUGAAUUCGUUGGUUCGUAUUGUGACACUGAACCAUGUCUCAAUGGUGGAACUUGUAGAAUUAUUGACAAUGAAGUUGGCUACAAAUGUAAUUGUCCACCGGGUUCUGCGGGAACACAUUGUGAAAUUGAUUCAAGAAAUGAAUGUGCCAGUAAUCCUUGUCAACAAUCGGGUGUUAUUUGUGAAGAUCUUAUUGGUGAUUAUGCAUGUUAUUGUCCACCAAAAUGGACGGGUAAAAAUUGUGAAAUUUAUGACGCCAAUUAUAGAGGAGGAAAUGGAAGACAAGACACAAAGGGUAGAAUAAAUCAAAAAGGAUCUAAAGUUAUACCCAAUGAUUAUGAUAUGGAUUUAGAACGUGAGAGAAAGAAAUGCAUUGAAAAUCGAUGUGAAGAAAAAUCUGGAAACUAUCAUUGUGAUGAAGAGUGCAAUAAAUAUGCCUGUAACUUUGAUGGAAAUGAUUGUUCUCUUGGAAUUAAUCCAUGGAGAAAUUGUACGGCUCCAAUAAAUUGUUGGGAUGUUUUUAUGAACGAUGUUUGUGAUGAAGUAUGCAAUAAUGUUCAAUGUCUUUUUGAUGGUCGAGACUGCGAAAAGAAACUUCAACCUUGCAAUCCAAUUUACGAUGCCUACUGUAGAAAACAUUAUGCCAAUGGUUACUGUGAUUAUGGAUGCAAUAAUGCCGAGUGUAACUGGGAUGGUUUGGAUUGUGAUACAGAACCACCGUCAAUUGCAGAGGGAGUUAUAUCAGUGGUGGUGAGAAUGGAUAUGCAAACUUUUAGAUCAAAUGUUGUUGCUUUCUUGAGGGAUAUUGGACAUGAGCUGAGAACAACAUUGAGGAUAAAGCAAGACGAACUUGGAAAUGACAUGAUAUAUCCUUGGAAGAGAGAUCGUGAUUCUGGUAUUGAAACGAAUUUCUUUGGUAGACCAACAACAAUAUACACUGACAAACAGAAUGGAAUAGUUGCUUAUUUGGAGAUAGAUAAUCGAAAAUGUAGUUCAACUGACGGUGGAGUUUGUUUUCUUUCUGCACAUGAAGCAGCGGAGUAUUUGGCAGCCACCGCGUCAAAACAUUCACUUUCGAGAAAUUUUCCCAUUGAGGAAGUUCGUGGUGUACAAACGGGACAGGAUCCUGAAUAUUCGGAUUCGGCGACAAAUUAUCAAUAUGUUUUUAUUGGGGUUAUAAUUGUCGUACUGAGUGGAAUGUUGGUGGGUGUAUUGGUUACGGCGCAAAGAAAACGUGCGGUGGGUGUCACAUGGUUUCCGGAAGGUUUCUUGAGAGCGAAUACAGGAAGUGGACCACGUCGCAGAUCUAGACGACGGGGACCUGAUGGACAGGAAAUGAGGAAUUUGAAUAAACAACCAUCGUUGAAUUGUAUGGAUUUGGAUGUUAGUAAUGGUAGAGUACAACAGUGGUCGGAUGAUGAGUCGGAUUUACCACCUUCGAAACGAAUGCGAGCUAUUGAACCCGGAUAUGCUAGUGAUCAUACGGCAAUUACUGAUUAUGAGGAAACGGAACCGAGAAUGUGGACUCAGCAACAUUUGGAUGCGGCUGAAAUUCGGAGACAAGAUGCCGGUGUUCUUACGCCGCCGAGUUUGGAACAUGGACAGGAUAUUGAUGCCCGAGGUCCUUGUGGUAUGACUCCAUUGAUGGUGGCGGCAGUUCGCGGUGGUGGACUCGACACUGGUGAAGAGGAAGACGAAAGCGAUGGAACUGCGGCUGUUAUAGCUGAUCUCGUAGCACAAGGAGCGGAUCUAAAUGCCACAACUGACAAAAGUGGAGAAACGUCUCUUCAUCUCGCAGCAAGAUACGCGAGAGCUGAUGCUGCCAAAAGGCUCCUGGACGCUGGUGCCGAUGCCAAUUCACAGGAUAACACUGGUCGAACUCCACUUCAUUCUGCAGUUGCAGCCGAUGCAAUGGGAGUGUUUCAAAUUCUUCUCCGUAAUAGAGCAACUAAUCUUAAUGCAAGAAUGCACGAUGGUACAACUCCUUUGAUAUUGGCAGCACGUCUCGCCACUGAAGGAAUGGUGGAAGAUUUAAUUAACGCCGACGCUGAUAUAAAUGCAGCGGACAAUAGCGGGAAAACUGCUCUUCAUUGGGCAGCAGCAGUUAAUAAUGAAGACGCUGUAAAUAAACUCCUACUGCACAGCGCAAACAGAGAUGCACAAGACGAUAAAGAUGAAACACCACUGUUUCUCGCUGCUAGGGAAGGCAGCUACGAAGCUUGUAAAGCUUUAUUGGAAUGGUCUGCCAACAGGGAAAUCACCGAUCACAUGGAUCGACUGCCCAGAGAUGUCGCGAGUGAGAGGCUUCAUCACGACAUUGUUAGAUUACUAGACGAACAUCUUCCGAGAUCGCCACAAAUCAUCAACGUUAUACCAAAUGGCCCACUAAUGGGCUCUCCCAAUCAUCAUCAACUCAUCACACAUCCAACAGUAAUUGGCUCAGCGCAAAAACAAACAAAAUCAAAGAAAAGACCGAAGGCUUCCUCGGGAAAUCCAAGCAGCCCCGAUUCCGAGGGGGGAAUUAUAGCGGUCAGGCGAAAACCUUCUCUGAAGAAAGCACCUGUCAAACGAGGAGCACAACCUCCAAAUCAAGACAUUCCUCAGGGAGCAGAGGGAGCCGAAGGCAAUUUACCAAGUCCCUACGACAGCGCCAGUCUCUACAGCAAUGCAUUGCCAUUGACUGUCAGUCACACAACAACGUCAAAACAACCACCGCCUUAUGAAGACUGUAUAAAAAAUCAGUCAAUUCAGGGUUUACAACAAUUGGGCUUGGAUACAUUCACAAAUAAUUUUAGUUUGCCAAAUUUUCACGAUCAACUAUUAGCUCCCCAUCAGCGACAAACUCAGGGAAUUGUAAAUACCCUCUCUCCACCUUAUAGUAAUCAAUCGCCUCCCCAUUCGGUGCAGUCAAAUAUGACCCUAUCGCCACAAGCGAGUUACAUGGGUUCACCAUCGCCUGCAAAAAGUAGGCCAUCAUUACCCACAUCCCCAACGCAUAUUGCCGCCAUGAGACAAGCCACACAUCAAAAACAUGGAAUUCCCUCUGUGGGUUUUGAUUUUGAUACACUAUCAUAUCCCUCAACACAACAGCAACAACCGAUGCAACAACAAAUUCAACAACAACAAACGCAACAGCAACCAACACAGCAAUACUAUCAAUAUUUAACACCACCUUCACAUCAUUCAGGACCCGAUGUUACACCCCAACAUCUUAUGCAAGCACCCGAAAGCUUUCCCACACCUUCACCUGACAGCCCCGGUCACUGGUCCUCAAGUUCACCUCGAUCAAAUAGCGAUUGGUCUGAAUGCAUGGCAUCACCAAAUGCAUAUGGAUCCAGUGGAGGACACCAAAGCAAUAAAGGCUCAGAAGCUAUUUACAUAUAAAAAACAAAAAAAAAUUUCCCCUUAAUUCAUUUUUUCUAGAUCUGUGAUUCUCUACGACAAGGAGAGAGAGAGAAAAAAAAAAGUUUCCCCGACUUAGCAAUUUAAAAAAAAAUGAGAAUUUUCCACAUUUCUGUUAUAAAUAGAAUAUCAUUCUCAUUACCGUGCCUCUCUAAUUAUAAAGCUAGCUUGAAAUUAAGACUCUUUUUUAUCUUUUUUUUUUAUAUCUUUUAAGAUAUUGUAGUUUCAAAAUUCAGCUCAAUUGGUGCCUUUGACUUGCCAGACUAAGGACCCUAUACAACGCAAACAUGACAAUAAUAAUUAAGCUCUUGUUACUAUGAUGUUAUGAUUGUAAAUAGUAAUUUAAGAGAGUUCAUUUCUCGUAGAAAUGUUCCAAUUAGAAAAUAUUUUCAAAAUAUAUUUAAUUAUUUUUAUUAUUAUUAUUAUUAUUAUUAUUAUUAUUUACGCACUAUAAUUGUUGCGUAGCGUACAUAACAAGAACGGAUAUUUUUGGAUUAUCUCCAAUGUGACUAAGAUUGGAAACUUCUUUUUCCAAUCUUUUUUCUAGUUUAAAGAAAUUGUAAUCCUAGAGAAAAAGUAAUUUUUUUUAUUGAAAAGCAUACAUUAAAAAUGUUCAUCUAAAAAUAGGGUAACUUUUUUUUUUUGGUUUUCGUGCGGGUAGCAUCUAAUUUUUAGAUUUAUACAAUUGCAAUGUCAAAAAAAAUUCGAUUAUCUAUUUUUUUUUAUAGAUUUUAAAAAUAACCAUUGAAUAUUUUUUAUAUGCUCCAAAGCAUUUUUUUCACACUAAUUCUGUUUCUUGUUUACAAGUAAUAAAAAUUAGAAAUAUUAAUGCGAAAUAUGUAUAAACGCUGAUUUUUUUUUUAUAAUAGAUUAAAUUAAUAUGAACAUAUCUUAAAUAUGUUGAAUUUUUUUACGAAAAAAAAAUUUUUUGUAGAGCAUAAUAAACUUUGUUUUUUUUUUUAAAUAAAUAUUAAUUGUCAGACUUGAAUAAUUUUACAAACAGACGGAUAACUGUAAAACACUUGGUUACUGUGAAAUUAAGAACAAACGUGUAUAGAAAUCGAUUUUGAUUUAAAUUUAAAUUAUAAUGCAAAAAAAAAAUAAAAUAAAAUAAACUAUCAAUUAUUAGAAAUGAUGUUCAACAUUAAAAUAAUUUCAUAAUACUCCCAACUUGUUUCGAACGAUUAUUGUUUCUUAUGAAGUAGUUUAAAAUGUAAAAUAAAAUAUAACAUUUUAAAGAAAAAAAAAAAA